AUCUUCUGGAGUAUCCACUGUCCCUGAAUUUAGGUAGAUUUAAGACUCGCCUACUGUCCAGGGCCAGACUCAGUGGUUGCUCUGAAUUAUGCAUGCAGGAAGUCAGCGAUCUGUAAGAAACGUGAUCGCAACAGUUUGGUUGGCGACUGAGCCCCCUUUCCGCAUCUGUAGAGAAUUGCCUACUCUGGAAGCCCCGUGAUUGGCACCACUAGUUCUGACGUCAAAGAUGCCUGAUGGCCAACUGUAUCUAUCAUAUAAGCAAGCAUCACACGCGACAUCCAUCUUUGUCUAUAUGUGUUGCAAACCGUUGCAUCUUGUGCAUGCAGAACUGGAUAAUCCAUUCUGAUCAUCAUUGUCAUCGCAUUUAUCACGAGAAACUUCCAGAUAGCGCACAAAAUGUCCUCACAGCAAAGUAGUCAGCCGAGAACCAUCCAGACCCCAUCCCUUGCUCGGGACUCUCAUGGCAAUGAUGCAGAAAGAGACCGCAGAUCGAUCUCGGAGGAAUCCGAUCUGUCGCAUUACCUCCACUACGAAGACAACGAUGGCUUUUUCCCUCCAGCCUGGCUAGGGAAGGCACCGCCUACUCAACAUGGAGACGAAAUGAAUGGGAAAUUGCUUAGAAUUAGCACCAUGUCCGUUGAAUCCGUUCUCCCUUUCUGGGUCUUGAGAUCACACGGAUACAAGUCGCCACAGGGAAGGCAGGAACAGAGGCUCGCAAGACAGCAGAUGCUAUCUCAAGGGGCGAUUACAGGGGCGCUUGUUGGAACAAGGAUUACUUAG